AUGAAUAUUCUUAGUAUCGCUCUACUCCGAGCAUGGGUAUUCUUGAUGUGGAACGCUCAGCAACUUAUUGCUUAUAUUCGGGGUAAACGGAGCGUCUUCAUCCCCAUCACCGAUCUGCGAAUAGUUUACUGCGACAACGGCCUUCUUGUUGUGGACAAGUCCCAUGAACUGCUGCUAAACAGUAUACACCCCUGGCAGAAUUAUGUGACCCUUCAAAUGCAGCUCUUUUUUGCACUGCCCCGACUCGCCGACUUCACACUAGACCAUAUGUAUCGAUUCGUCCAUCGUCUUGAUGCUCCCACCAGUGGUCUCAUUUGCAUCGCCUAUUCGCCAAAAAUGGCCGGCCUAGCGGCAAAGGCAUUUCAAAAUAGGACUACCAAAAAGCUCUACAUAGCAGUUGUAUGGGGGCAUGUCCAAGAUUCUACGAGUCUGGAUAGAGCUCGUCUACCCAGGUCUGACUAUCUUCCAACUCUCAAUAUCAACGUCUCGCACUGUACCGAAAUGUGCACAAAAACAGGAGAUAUGGAGUAUCUGGUGGACUUUGCGAUUGGAGAUCUACUGUUCUCAUGGCCAGAGGGUCGCCGGCAGAAGAUCAUGGUUCCGGAUUGGACGCCUAAUUGCUGGCGCCCUCGAUCCGCGCAGACCAAAGUAACGGUCCUGAAACACGGCUUUCUCGAAGGUUCACCAGCCAGUCUACUUCUGCUCGAACCGCACUCUGGUCGUAGGCACCAACUGCGUCUGCACUGCGCCUUGGGCCUACGCGGCCACCCAAUCGCCGGCGAUCUCCUCUACGGCCGUCUCUAUGGCGAUGGAGAUUCUGUGGAAAUCAUAAAGGACCACCGUCUGCCGCGUCUCAUGCUCCAUGCGUACUCCCUCCACCUUGAACUCGUGCCAAAACCGCCCCGUGUGAAGGGGGAGAAGAAACAGGAGCGGGUCGAUGGAGCCCAUCCCCAACCGGUGGAGCUCUACUUUGAGUCUUCGCGCGAUAUGCUCCAAGGCUGCCAUUGGGUCGAUGCUGCCGUGUUUCAUAGCUUGUGA